CCACAAGUUGAGAUUUCUUCCACAAGAACAGAAGAACCGGUGGUGAAGCCCGAAGAACAACGAGGAAACCUGUCGGAGCCGCCCCAGCCCGAACCCCAAGUUUUGCUACUAGAUCCUCCCGUGAAGAUCGAGUACCAGGACCCGGAAAAUCAUGUCGCGAACAGUCCUAGUAAAACUGACGUGUUUGCAAGUGAGGUAACGGCGUCGGCAUUCCGGCCGUAUGAACCUCCCUCUCACCAUCCUGCGCACGCGCAUUAUCCUGACCAUGUGCAGGGGCGGCCAGAUCCUGUGAAACUAGAACCGCCGGAACAUCAAGAGAUGUCCUCCAGUCGCGCCGCAUCGUCGUCGAAAUAUGAUCCUUACGAAGAAGAGGAAGCUGCUCAGCUCGCCCUUCGGUUGCCCGUGACAAACAUCAAGCAGGAAGACGGGAUAAUUUCCGCUGUCCCAUCUUGCGCUGUUCCUGUGAAGCAGGAAGAUGUGUAUACGCCGUCAUCAGCACUCGUCGAUUAUCUCCGUACUCGUGGAUCUGCUGUCUUCAAUCUUCCACACGAAGGCUCAGGGCACGAUCGUGAUAUCAGCCGUGCGUAUGCGGCGACGAAUCACGCAAAGCAAGAGCAGUGGGAUGAUAGUGCUGCUCUUCAUCCGCCUGAUCUCAACUCAACACGAAAAGCACCUUCGACAUCGGUGAAGCUAGAACCUCCAGAACCUUCGAUACCGUCAUCUAUGAGCACUCGUGAUCCACGACGGCCAUCGCCACCUUCGACGGCCGUCAAACUCGAACCUCCACAACGUUCAAUACCGUUGUCUAUGAGUACCCGCGAUCCACGGCGGCGUCCGCCCUCGCUUGUACGAGUUAAAACAGAAGAGCAAGAGCUUGGCGAGGGCAACCUCGGUUCGUCAGGUAGGAAGGAUUCGAUGCAACGAGCCCCCGGCAACGUGGAAUAUGAUCGCAAACACGCUACAUCCCUUGCAACACUAUACGGCUCGCAUAAGAGACUUAAAGAGGAGGAUGUGAACAGGGACACGAAACGUAUCAAGAAGGAACAAGAAUGAUCUUACAUACAUGACAUGCAUUUUUAGCUUGUAAUUGUAUGGUAGUAAUACGCUUCGAC